ACCCUCGCACCCUCACAACUCGCAACUCGAUACCUGGAAAGCCAUAAAGCUACAAGCUACAAGCUACAAGACACGUCCGCAUCAGAGCCACAAUGUCCGGUCCUAUCAAAUGUUCUAUCCUCGGAGCUGGUCUCUCCCUUCAAGCAUUCCAUUACCCAUUCAUCGCCACCUACCCGGACCUAUUCACCCUUCACUCGGUCCUGGAACGAUCGGCUACCGCCUCCAAAUCCUCUGCCAGGGAUUUUACCGGGCUCGAAGGGUUGAAGGUCGUCAAUACCUUGGAAGAGGUCACGGGGGAUGACGAGGUCGAGUUGGUCGUCAUCUCGACACCGAACUUGAGUCAUUUCGAGUAUGCUAAAAAGUGUUUGAGCGCCGGGAAGCACGUCCUCAUCGAAAAGCCUCUCACCCCGACCUACGCCGAGGCCAUCGAGCUCAUCGACCUGGCCAAGGAGAAGAAUCUCAUCCUGGCCCCCUUCCAGAACAGACGAUGGGACGCCGAUUUCUUGGCCGUCAAGGGGUUGUUGAAGGAGGAGAAGCUCGGACAACUCCUCGAGUUCGUCUCGCGAUUCGACAGGUUCCGACCCCAGGCAGUACCGAACACUUGGAAGGAAGCUCCCGGUCAGCUGAACGAUGCGAUCUACAACCUCGGGAGUCAUCUGAUCGACCAGGCUCUGGUGUUGUUCGGAAAGCCGGAAAAGGUUGGGGGAUGGUGUUACAACUUGCGAGCGCCCGAAGGACUCGAUGAUUCGUUCCUCUUGCACCUGUACUACCCCCGCUCUCACCCUCUCUCCAAGCCCUACCCCUUGCUCGUCACCCUUCAAGCGAGCAUCAUCAACCCUGGUUCCAAACAGCUGCGAUACCAGAUCAAGGGUAACAAGGGUCUAUACACCAAGUACGGACUCGAUGUCCAGGAGGCCACUCUGAGAAAGGUCGACUGGAACACUGGAUUGCCUGAGGAUGUGACGCCCGUGGGCAAGGACGGAUGGGGUGUCGAGGCGGAUGGAGCCGAGGGGGAGCUCGAACUCGUCCAAGAGGAUGGGAGCUGGGAGACCGUCAAGUGAGCCCAAUACGUUUUUCGCAGGGUUCUUUUAUCCGCUUGUGAAUCGUCCGGCUAAAUUGACCCGUUUUCACCCAU